CCUUUGAACCUCCAUCCCGGUUGUUGAUUCUUAUCUUUCCCAGCCACGGCGUUGUGAUUUCUUUUUGUCUGACCCGGUUUCGACGUCAGGCCGACUCUCAUUCAGAGACACCUUUUUUUGUCUUGUCUAUUGUAAUUUUUACUCCCCCUCCCUCCGCUUAGCGGACUGUACCCAUUUCGUCAGCCCGCUUCAGUUUCGGCUUGUCUGUGGAAGUUCCCUUCCAACUUUCCAAUUCUAUAUUCGAGGGCGCAUACGUCUUUAUCUGAGCAACCGUUUUAUAUCUUCUCUUCUUCGUUUUUCAAAAAGAAGCGCAAUAAGAUAAACACCGCCCAUCAUGCCUCCCAAGAAAGCCGAUCAGCCUAAGAAGAAGAAGGCCACCGUCGAGGACAAGACCUUUGGUAUGAAAAACAAAAAAGGUGGUUCCGCCAAACGACAGAUCGCCCAACUCAAUGCGCAAGCGGCCUCCAACAAGAACGCCGACGAAAAGAAGAAGGAGGCCGAGAAGCUUCGCCGUGAGGCCGAGAAGAAGGCUGCCGAGCAAGCCAGAAAGGAGGCUGCCGAUCUGUUCAAGCCUGUACAGGUCCAGAAGGUUCCUUUCGGUGUCGAUCCGAAGACGGUUGUUUGCGUUUUCUACAAGCAGGGCAACUGUGAGAAGGGCCGGAAGUGUAAAUUCAGUCACGACUUGAGUCUCGAGCGCAAAGCCGCCAAGAGAGACUUGUACACCGAUUCUCGAGAUGUCAAGUCGGCCGAGGAAGAGGCCAAGAAGAAGGACAACAUGGAGGAUUGGGACGAGGAGAAAUUGCGCAAGGUCGUUAUGAGCAAGCACGGAAACCCCCGGACCACGACAGACAAGGUCUGCAAAUACUUCAUCGAAGCGGUCGAGAACCAGAAGUAUGGUUGGUUCUGGACCUGCCCCAAUGGAGGCGACAAGUGCAUGUACAAGCACAGCUUGCCACCAGGAUUCGUCCUGAAGACCAAGGAGCAGAAGGCGGCGGAGAAGGCUUUGAUGGACAAGUCGCCGCUUAACACCCUGACACUGGAGGAUUGGUUGGAGUCCGAACGCCACAAGCUCACUGGCGAGUUAACGCCUGUAACGCCUGAGACGUUCGCUAAGUGGAAGAAGGAGCGCUUGGACAAGAAGGCGGCUGAAGAGCAAGCUCAGAAGGCCAAGGAAGCCACUGGACGUACAUUGUUCGAAAGCGGCAACUGGCGCGCUGAUGAUAGUGAGAGUGAGAGUGAGGAUGAGGCCGAUGGAGUGUGGAACUUGGAUGCCCUGCGGCGGGAGACGGAGCGGAUCCGCGAGCAGAAGGAAGAGGAGCGCCUGGCCAAGCUCAACGGUGAACCCGUGCCGGUUUCGAAUGAUGCACAGAUCGCACAAGAAGGUGAGGGUUGAUUGAGUUGGUGCGAGGCUCCCAAGUAAAACAAAAAAACUUACUUGGGUGUUUGGGCUGCGGACCUCCCACAUUGCAAUCGGCGUACCGGGCCAUCUGUCCGGGCCCGAGAUGUUGAUCGUGUUGAUGGCUGGUGGAUGCAAUGCUCUUGAGUCGCAGGAAAUGCUACAUGAGCGUUUGUGUUGACCUCCGCAACUGGG